AUGCGAUGCGCGAGCAAGGCCGCCGAGAGCGCGUCCGCACGUCUCUGUGCGGACGCCGAAGCAGAAACCACAGCAACUGAUGUCUCAUCGGUUGCUGAAGCGACUCAGCCUGUGUCACUUGGUGAUGCAGGUGCUGGUCAUGAAGACACUCAUGUCUUCACAGAGUAUGAUCUCGGUGUCUCAUACUCUCCUGAUACGGAAGACGGAUCCGUAUCGACGGCGAUUGAAACCAAGCCGCCUGCCAAGCGUGGCAUGGACGAUGCUUUGCGUCGUAGCAUCUCUGGUUCAUCUGAUGAAUCAGAUGAACCAUCGCCGAAGCGAAGGCGCUCGAGGUCGCGAGACUCGGGCGCUAACAGUGGUGUCGGUUCUCCUAUGGACACCACUUCGCAACGAGGUGCAAGUUCUUCUGUCGGCACGUCGCAGGAAGAGCGGGACCGCAAUGUCUUGCGUCUCGCUCCUGAGAAGAAGGCAUGGAUGCCUCCUAAAUCAGUCAUGGAUCACUUGUCGGCGACGACGAGUGAUCGUUAUCGAACACGAUUGUUCGAUUCUUUAAGGAACCAUCACCUUGAACCCUAG